UGCAACUUUGCAUCCAUGAAAAUGGAAUGGGGAGGUUCGCCAGACCGCAUCUAGGGGACAUGAUGAAGCCGACUUGAUCCAUCAGAUUUCUAUAUCUAAAAGUUUUUUUUUUUGCCAAUCACCGUAGACGUUUCCACAUAAUCAGCCUGGGUGAAUCAAGUUUCUAACUUUGCUGCGCAAAACGUUUUUCUGACAGGGCAAAUUGAGCCGAUCACGCUGUAAACCAGGUCGCUGGUGCGGGAAGAGCGCUCAUUCUCCCCGACCAGUGGAUUGUAGCAAAUUCUAUUGUGAUGCUAAAAUGAAGUCGGAAGAGGGAGAGGGCUGACAAACGAUGAAAAGACCGACUCACCAGGCAACCGCCGCGGUGCUAGUGAUUAUGGAUAGCGGUCUGUCCAGCUACAGCACCGUCAUAUACCGAGGGAACACGCUCUUUCUGGAGGCUCGUCUCCUGGGUGGAGCGCCUUGGGGCUUUCAGCUCAAAGGAGGUCUAGAACAUGGAGAGGAAUUAAUCAUAUCGAAGGUUGAGGGAGGUGGGAAGGCAGACCUGUUGGAACACCCCCUGUUGCCAGGCGACCAGGUGGUCAUCAUUAACGACGUGGAGCUCAGUGGAUUCAGGCAGGAAGCCAUCUCACUGGUUAAAGGAUCCUACAAGAUCCUCAGACUCACCAUCCGCAGGGAGGUCUUCUGUGGUGACAUCACACCCCUGACACCGACCCCCUCCAGCCCGUUAACCUCCACUGGGACCCCCUCAGACCCCUGCGGUCCCACAGCAAGCCACGGACCCCCCAGGGAGACACAGGGAGGAUCCACCAGAGGAGUAAAACUACGUAUCAAAAAUAGACGCGGCGGAUCCAUCUCCAGACCUCACUCGUGGCACUCCACCAAGCUGAGUGAGGGCCACCCAGACCCCAGCAUGAUGCAGAUCUCCCCAGGUUCCACGGGCCCUCCGUGGCACCCAACCUACCAUUCCAGUUCAUCCACUACAGACCUUUCAGGCUAUGACCCAGGCUGCCUCAGGAAGAGUCCAGACCAGUACAGCUCCCGAGGCAGUAUGGAGAGUCUAGGGGAACACCAGAGCCACUCAGCCUACAGUUCCUCCUGCCAACAGUUAUCUGCGUCCAAAUCAUCUAACAGCAUCGACCACCUCCACAGCAAGAGGGACUCCGCUUACUCCUCCUUCUCCACCAGCUCUAGUAUCCCAGAAUACCUGGCAGCCACACCGACCUUCAGUAAGGAGAAGUCCUACUCCAUGGAGAUGGUUCCGCAGAGGGGCGGGGUAAAUGGAGGAGGGGGUGGAGCAGGGGCGGAGGACCUGCUCCAAGCUGACAUCCGCUACGUCCGUACAGUAUAUGACCCCCAGCAGGGCGGGCCCCAGGAGCACGAGGUCAGCUCCACCACGUUGCUACGGAACCACGAGGGUGGCAGGUUGGGGUCUCGUAGUGGGGGUGGAGCCUCCUGUUACCGUGGUAGCAGCAACAGCAGCGGCAGUAGUAACCACGGCAAUAACCCGAACCGCCACAGUGUGGGACCCAUCUGGGGUCAGGGUGCCGGUCGCAGUUCCAACGAGAGCCUUAAGGGGGCGCCAGCUCCUCCCACACGAAGCGACAGCUACGCGGCAAUCAGGAACCACGAGAGGCCCAAUUCCUGGUCCAGCCUGGAGCAGGCUCGCUCCCUCCGGGCCCUCCAUAAGGGGUCCUGGCACCACUCGUCCGGCUCGGUGGCCUGUGGGUCGGGGAAGGGCUCGUAUGGGGCUGAGGGCCAGCUCCACACCGUCAUAGAAAAGAGUCCGGAGAGCAGCCCUACCACCAAGCCCAAACAGGGUCAGGGCUUCCCCCCACCGCCCCAGGCCCAGCAGACCUCCCCCCAGUCCGGCCACCUGAUGUUGCCCCAGGGCAUCUAUCAAGUGCCCCCUCCGGAGCCACACUACGCCCAGACACCAACCUGCCGCCCGGACACAGUCUUCCCAGCCCUGGCCAGAGAGAACAGCCUGAGCAGGCCGAGAGGUCCCCUGGGAGCGGGGGUCAGUGUGGAUACAGGGAUGGUGGUGACUGUGGAAAAUGGAUACCAAAGCGACUCCCAGCUCCACCCUCUGUCCCAGCAUCUUGACUCUGCUCAGCCUCUCCACAGACAGACAGCCUACCCGGACCGGCUGGUCGACAGAGGCGAGGGCAGGGCAGUGCCAGAGGAGACCCAAACCAAACUGGGUCACUACCGUCCUCACUGGAAGGGAGAAGGUCAGGCCACGUACCAAAGGCAGAGCCAGCAGGGUCAGCAGGUGACCAGGAACCCCUCAUCUGUUGGCCUGGAGAGGAGGGACCCCUACACCCCAGUCCAGCCACGUGGAGAAAGACCUCCCACGUACCCCCAAGUCUCAGAAUACCCCCCUGAGAGCCAGGGUAGAGAGGUAGACCAGGUGACCGAACUCAGCCAUAGUCAGCUACACCCUCAGCCUGCUGGGAGUAUUUCCGGUAAGGUGUUCCGAAGCACUAACCUCGACCUGGUGCCAGAUCCUCAGGUAGAGCAGAGGGCCCAGAGGCCUGACCAACCGAGCAGCGACCAGAGAUCCAGGUCCCCGCUCCAGCAUUAUAGUGACCCCAGUCCCCUCCACCAACAGAGAGAGCAGAGGGGAUCGGAACACCCGCUGACAAGGCUGGAGAACGCUCUAGCGGAGGUCCAGCGCUGCGCCAGUCCAGAGGGCUCGACCAGCAGCAAGAGCAGCUACCAGAGAAGCCUAUCUGUCCUGGAGAAGGUGAACCGCUUUGAGCAGGGCCAGGGCAAACAGAGGAGCCUGAGCGUCUGCGCCAACCUGGGACCCUUGUCCCGCCCGUCACAGCCCCAAGCCCCGUUCCAGACCCAGUGUCUCGACAAGCCCAUGGGCUACGGAGUGGGUUUGAAUGAUCUCCGGAACACAUUGGAGAGAUGCAACAGUCCCAACUACAGCCACCGACCACUCCGUUCCAGUUCCAGCUCACCUCAUGGGACAACUACGGCGGCCCACGAGGGUCAACCCUAUGAAGAUCUGCUGAGAGGAAAUUAUGAACAAGCCAAGUUCCAGAGCUCCGGGUACCCCCAAAACCAGCGCCCUGACCACCAGGACCCACACCCUGGCCUGGCCCUGCAGAGGAGCAGGAGCACCUUACACUUAGGUAGCCAGGGAGGCCAGGAGGAGAAUGGCUAUGACAGGGAGAGGGACCAGAGCUUCCAUUUGAAGGAUGACCUGCAGGACCUACUAGGAACCAUUCAGGACACAUCUUUUAACCGGACCUACAGGGACAGCAUCAAAGACGCCCAGUCCAAGGUCCUCCGAUCCACCUCCUUCAGACGCAAAGAUCUGGGCGUCCGCAUCCAUCCUGCUUCUGGGGUCAGCAACAACCCUCCUCCAGUACCAGCCAAGCACUUAUCCCUGGAGAGGAAGACCGUGGCCCCCAAGACCAGCCCCAAACCCUCCAUCGUAGCUAACACCGUCCCAACACCAGCCACCUCAACCAACCCUCACACCCCCAAAGAGAGGCACACCAUCACCACCCCAGACCCAGACCCAGCCCCAGUCACCACAAACUCCCCUCACACCCCCAAACAGAGGCACGUUGUCACCCCGGAGCCCCAGAGUGUCUCGGCCACGGGUCCACCAGUCCCUGUUCGCAUCGCGGGGCGCAAGCGGCUCACCGCGGCUCAGAAGAAGAGGUCUUACUCGGAGCCGGAGAGCAUGCAUGAAGUUGGGUUAGAGUUGGACGCAAGAAGGAGUGCACAGCAGCAGCAGUUUGUGUUCCCAGGCACCGAGACCAGCGUGGCGGACCGCCGGAGGAUGUUUGAGAUGGCCGCCAGUCGCAGCUUGAGCAGCAGCUCCCAGCCCUACCAAGGUCUUCAGAACCCCCAGGCUGGCCUGGCUGUGUCCCGGCCUGAGCUCCGGCAGCUGCAGCAGGACGCCCUGGCUGACUACGUGGAGAGGAAGAGGGGCUGGAGGACGGACAGGGAGGGGGGACCGCAGCCCUGUGACCGGACCCACAGCACCUACCUCCAGCCCUUCGCAGACACCCGUAGCAUCUCGUCCACAUCCUCCACCAGCCUGGCCUCUCUGCAGGAGCCCCCUGGCCUAGACAGCAGCCUCUUUGGAGGGGGAAGGCUUUGCUCCACCCUGCCUCCUGGCCUUCAGGGAUUCUACCCAGGCAGGGUCACUGCGCCACCCGUCUCAGUCUCCACCUCCCGCCCAGAUCCCACUGAAUCUGGAUCCGACCGGCUGACGGAGGAAUACCUGCCCACAUCCAGCUUUGGUAGAGGAGAACCAGCCAAGGCCUAUGAGGCCCUGCGAAGCCAGGGGUUUUCCCAGCGAGCCUUUGACAGGGCGACUCCGGCCCGGAGCUCUGGAAAGUCAGUCUCAGCGGAGGACCUGCUGGAGCGCUCUGAGGAGAGGCCUCCACCACAGCACUUCAGAUCACGCUCCUCGCCGUCUGUUGAGAGGCUCAAUCAGGACUUUGUGGCUGGAGGAGAUCUGAGGUUGUUUGAGAUCCUCUCAAAAGAACCCUGUGUCUUCACACACAAUGACAACAACAGCUGCGCGGAGACCCAGCGCUCAGACCGUCCCAUGACAGCCUCCCAGGGCCAGUCCCAGACAGCCUCCCAGGGCCAGUCCCAGACAGCCUCCCAGGGCCAGUCCCAGACAGCCUCCCAGGGCCAGUCCCAGACAGCCUCCCAGGGCCAGUCCCAGACAGCCUCCCAGGGCCAGUCCCAGACAGCCUCCCAGGGCCAGUCCCAGACAGCCCAUUACCGGCAGAGCCAGGGACCAUCCCAAAGCAACACCUCCAUCAUGAGGAGGGACAGGCAGAGGAACCCAGACAGGCAGCGUGCCCUGAGCGCCUCCGGCCUGGCUGCUUCUGUGGGCCUCCCCUGCCCCUUUUCACCGCCAGGGACCAGCCCCAAAACCAGCUUGGGCUGGGAGGCCAGCGAGCGGUUGAGCCUGGCGAACAUGGACGCCAUCUCCUUCCCCAACCUGAAGCACAGUGACGAUCCCAGGGGGAGCCCACCUUGUCAGAACCAGGCCCAGCUGAACUGGACCAGGCAUGGCUCGUCAGACACCUCAGAGGACACCCUGAGAGACUUCCCUCUGGAGAGGGAGGGGUCUUGCCCUCAGGCUCCAGUCACUACACCAAAGCCCACACCACCCCCGGUGCUGCCCAAAACCUCCCCACCCCCACCCAAAUCCUCCCCACCACCACCACCACCCAAAACCCCGCCCUCUGCCUCCAGACCACACCCUCUGCUCUCACUCCGCAUCUCAGAGUCCAACCUGCAGGAGACCCCAGGCGAUCAGGCCGCCCCUCACACCGUCACCCUGCAGGACUACGACGAGGUGUUCCUCCAGGAGUCACCGCCGCCUCCCCCGCCUCCUCCCACUCCCCCGCCGCCCCCCAUCAGGGAGACGGACAUCACAGAGGACUUCCCUCCCCCUCCACUGCCCCUUUUCCCUCCCUCGGCUCCCCCAGACAGGGAGCAGGACCCGGAACAGAGAGAGGACCGCCCUCCUCAGCCAAAGUACUUGAUUCACAGAACCAGUUAUGAAGUCCUGGAGGCUGUGGUUCUAGAGAAAAGGCCAUCCAUUCCCUCCACCAAUUCCCCCGAGACAGCCUCCUCCUCCCACCCAUUUGCCUCACGAAGGCCCAGCCUGACCCCUGAGACCCCAGCCCUCCAAACCACACCCAACAGCAGUCUCCCAGAGCCCCAGCAGGGGCCUAGCGAGGAGGACAGCCUGGGGCCAGAUUAUCACCUCCUGGCCAGAAGGGAAAGGUCUGCUGUGGAGCUGAGGGUGGAGGCCCUGGUCAAACAGCUGGUGUCCCAGGGUGAGAAGAGCCUGACCCCGUUGCUGGACACCUGGGCCAGCAGCGGAAGGACGUGUGCCAUGGACCUCAUGGAGGAGAUCUACCCGGCAGGGGGAGGGAGGUUGCUGUGGCAACGCCGUAGAAGCAGCACCUGGCUGGAGAACAGAAGACCAGAAGGCGGCUGUCCUACAGGACUGAGGGAGGGAGGAGGAGGGAUCGAGACCGACCUGGAUGAGGAAGAAGCUGAUCUUGAUCAGAAGAAGGUGGAGCUCCUCCAGGCGCUAACCCUCAGUGUCGCCUCCCUCCGAGGGGAAAGAGAGAACCUGGCUGAAGAACAGAGGAAGUUCAGGGACCUGGGGGGUCACAUGGAGAACCUGGUCCAGGAGCGCUGUAAGCCCAACGAGAAGGAGAAGUACCGGAUGUUUAUCGGUGACCUGGAUAAGAUUGUCAACCUGCUGCUGUCUCUGUGCUGUCGGCUGGCCAGGGUCGAUAACGCACUCCUAGCUCUGGAUACAGAGGAUGACUCACAGGAAAACACUGAGGAGAGGGAGUCGUUACAGCAGAAGCGCAGACAGUUGUGUAGCCAGCAUGAGGAUGCCCGGGAGCUAAAGGAGAAUCUGGACCGGCGGGAGCGUGUGGUUCUGGACAUCCUUGGUGGGUACCUGACCGGGCCACAGCUCCGGGACUACCAGCACUACGUCCGUCUGAAACCCGCCCUCCUGAUCCGCCAGAGGCACCUGGAUGAGCUCAUCAAGCAGGCGGACGAGCAGCUCCUCCGGCUGGCGGAGGUUCUCCCAUCUGGGGACCGACAGGUCAGCUCCACUGGCCCCGGCGCUGGGUCUACCGACGACCCUGGCCCCAGGGCCCCCAACCCCCACCACGGUCCUUCCCAGAUGGCCCGCUCCACCACUGUAACAUCCCUCUGACCCCCGACACACCAACAUCAACCCUGCUGAGGACAGGCUGGGACAUGUUUGCUACGUAGCUGGCGCUACGAGUCUGGUGAACCUGUGGUGCUGCAUUCCACGGCACCUUUUUCCUCAUGCGACCUGACCCCUGGUCUGUAGCAAUGUCCUCUGACCUAUAGAGACGAACUUGAGAAGAAUCAACAAAUAUGAAGGAGGUCACCCUGUCUUUCUGUAUUCUUGUCACUGUCAGACAGAACAGGGGAAGAGAAUGGGGGGUGAAAGACACGUCCUAGUGCCUCUACCUAUUUAUGUCUCUGAUGUUACCCAAGAUUUUUCACACAUCUCUCUUCCCACUGACCUCUAGUCUUUAUGUGGUUUAGUUGCCUAGACUCAAAUAGGGUUAUGAGAAUAUCAACGUUGAAUUUAAAUCUUGCUUUCAAGACACUUUAUUCACCGUAUAGAGUAUAUCAGUGUAAACAUUACUACUGCCAUAACAUUUUAUUUCACUACUAGAGCUGAGCACUUUGAUUUUAACAGAUUAACUACUGAAUGAACAGGAUGGUCAGAAUCACAGAACUAGAAUUCAUUCUUUUUGUCACUAUUUCUAUGGUCUAAAAGAGCAAGAUCUGAAAUGCGCAUGUUUUUCUUUAUUGACACAAAACCACGCUCACACACAAAUGAAUAAAUACUUAGUAGCCAUAGAUUAAUGCUCAUUUAGCUUCAAAUACUCCUGAAAAUGGAAAGCUUAUGGAAAAACACGACCAUGACCUUGACAAGAACUGCAAUAAUUAUUUAUAUUAUGAGAAGAGGACCUUGUAUGUAUUCUGGUUUGUAAGUUGCUGUACAUAUGGUGUGUGCUAACCUCUUGAUUUUUAAUAUGUAGAUGGAAAAAAAUAUUAUAUAUUUUUAAAAAGUGAAAUGUUUAAAAAUAUGGAUUUAUCUCAGAGAGAACAAGACCUCAAGAUGAUACAGCUCCUUGUAGCAUUCUGGUGGAAUUAACUGGGCUUCCCAACUGACUUCGGGUCACAUGAACUUCUAGUGGUAGAGGGGUGGUGGGGUUCAUGAUGAUGACGACACCAGAAGUUAGAUGUUUCCCAGCAAGAAAAAGGCACAAGGUGGAAGGACAUACCUUAUUAAGGACCAUAAGGUAUCACUAUCUGAUCUCUCGGUACAAAACCGAGACAGAAACGGUUCAAAUGGGGUAGAUUGCUGUUUCUGUUUAACAGUAAUCUGACUACUUUGCUUCUUUUACCUCUAAGAACUGAACUAUUUUCAAGCCUUGACAGAUAUCAUAAUUUCAGUCCAAUGCAUUGUCAGGCACAUACAUCAUUUGAAUAUUCCCAUCGAUAAUGGUGCCAUCCAUAUUUUUUUCCGUAGCUUUUUCUUCAACAUAACUGAAUUCUCAGAUUUGAAAGUGAUUUUCCUAUUCAAACCCAUGUAUCAAUCUUGCUUUACGACGUGUAGGGGAGCAAGGACAAUUGGAAAACUGAUCUUCGUUUUACUAAAUAAAUCUAUUUUUUAAGCAUAA